AUGGCUUAGAUAUUUUUACUGGCAUCUUAGAGAGACUGUUAUAUGCCAGUCUUAGCCAAACCCAAAACCAAAUUACUCUAAGUAAUUUAAAAAUUGAAAAUGAAGGCUGAGUUAAUACUUAUUAUUUACAUUUUCUUAAUAUAGAUUACCAAACAGGGAUGCUUGAGCUAAAUUAAGGUAUAAGAAUUAUUGUUGAAGAGAAAUCACAAGAGUGUGCUAUAAUAAUAAGCUGGAGCAUUGAUUUCACAAGCAAGACAUAAUUUUUUUUGGGGUGGAAAUUUAGGUUCUUGUUUAAAGGAUGAUGCUUAUACUAUUAUAGCCAAGGAGUUGCCCUAUACCGGUUGUCAUAUAAACCAAAAUAUUUCCAUUUCACUAAUGUAAAAAUAUUUAUUGAAUACAUUUAAAAUUUGGCUUUGGGAUUUAGGUUAUCUUUGGGGUGAAGAUAUCAGAUUUUAUACAAUAAUUGUUUAUGCUGUGUUGAAUGGAGUUCAAACCAAAAUAUAUGAUAGUAAAUUAGCAACUUCAAUAGUCAAGAUAACAUUUCCAGAUUAAUUCGUUGAAAGAUUUGAUGUAUUAGAUGCAGGAGGUAAUACAUACAAUACAGAUUUACACAUUUUAAAAACUGAUGCAUAUUAUAAAUUUUGA